AAACGAGAAAUUUGUAUUUGUUUGUUGUUUUUCGUUUAGAUCUAUUCUGCUGUGUGUUGAAUUUGAAUGAAAAUUCGUUCGUACAUGUGGAAAUGUUUAUCUGAGGUUUCACCUUCGUGACAAUCUGUAAAUAGACAUGAAAUACGAUCCAUUUUGGUAUUGUAUUGGCUUAUAUCAAUUAUUCUCUGUUGCUCUCUGUUACGCUCACUUUCUCAUCGUCAAUUCAUCAUGUGUCGUGUAAUUAUAACACGUUUUUUUCAAUUACUGUGAUACAACUGUAGUUCUCAUUAAACUAAGCACUUCUCAGAUCCAAAUUACAUUUAGAUGGCAAUUUAAAUGAUAUAUUUAAGUUAAAACUUGCGUGAUUUAGUGUCAUCGAUUCGGGAAAUCAUCAAGGAUUCGACGCAAAUCAAAACAAAUACCAUAUAUAAAAGCUCCAGAAUUUUGUGGAUAGUUUUCACCUUUUUCUAUUUGGUUGGUUGGUUACUGCGAUUACAAAAUCACGAUUUCAAAACCAAUUUUGGUGCACCACAAUUUGCGGCAGCAUAAAUUAUCAAAUUGUCACCGAUCGUUUGUAGUAAUUUCGGGAAAAAAUGCGAGUCGAUAAAAGCAAGUCAUAUGAGGAAAUCUCAUAUGAGGGAAAAGUGGCUGACGCAAUUCAAGUGCUGAACAAAACACUUGACACAUACGAAGCGAAAGAGAUUUUCCUGUCGUUUAACGGUGGCAAAGAUUGUACCGUACUAUUACACAUGUUUGUCAAUUUGUUCAACAAACGAUAUCCAAACGAAACAAUGAUCUGUUUAUACAUCCAGCCCGACAAUCCAUUUGAUGAAAUUGAAGAUUUUAUUCGCGAAUGUGAGGAAUUGUACAUGGUUAAAGUAGAACGAAUACGUGGCACUGUGAAAGCGACACUUUUUGAAAUUUGCCAAAAAUAUCCACAUCUAAAGGCAUGUGUCAUGGGAUGCCGACGAACCGAUCCAUAUUGUAGUAAUUUGAAUGUAUUCCAGAAAACCGAUAUGGGUUGGCCACAAUUGAUGCGUGUGAAUCCGCUGCUGGAAUGGACGUGCAAGAAUAUUUGGGAUUAUUUACACAAACAUAAUGUGCCUUACUGUUCGCUUUAUAAAAUUGGAUACACAUCAAUUGGGGAUCGAACGAAUACAUUACCAAAUCCACAUUUGAAGCGAAUAAGUUCGGUAACUGGGAGAGACGAGUACUUACAUGCUGAUCAGCUAAUCGAUGAAGAUGAACAUGAACGCGCUGGUCGCCUAUGACACACAACAAAAAGCAAACUUUAGCCUAUUUUACUCUUAUUUUGAAACUGAAAAAGAAAUGUUGACCUUAUGUAAUAUCCAUGUCCAUAUUGUUACUUAAAUGAGUUGUAUUUAUUUUUGUUGUAAAUUCUUCUAUUUUUUUUGUGUAUGUAUCUUUUAAAUGCGUUCUCCAAUUCUGAUGAAGUGAUAAAAAGAAAAGAAUUAUUUAAAAAAAAAAGAAAUAAAGAGAGGAAAUACGAAUAGACUUGCAUGUGUAUAUUCAGCAAAUAAAUGAAAAAUAAAUUAA